AUGUCGUGUGGCUGGGUGAAGUCCAUUCUGGUGAGCCUGGGCCAGAGGAAGCCCCUGGAGCCCGAGGGAGAGCAGUCCACAUUUGACCGAUGCCUGACCACCCUGGACUUGGUGGCCCUCGGCGUGGGCAGCACCCUGGGGGCCGGGGUCUACGUCCUGUCUGGAGAGGUGGCCAGAGACACCGCUGGGCCCAGCAUCAUCAUCUCGUUCUUCAUCGCCGCUGUGGCCUCUAUAUUUGCCGGACUGUGCUAUGCAGAGUUUGGUGCCCGGGUUCCCAAAACAGGCUCAGCGUAUCUCUAUAGCUAUGUAACAGUGGGAGAACUGCUGGCUUUCAUCACCGGCUGGAAUCUGUUACUCUCCUACGUCAUCGGGACAUCCAGCGUUGCACUGGCGUGGAGCGGGACAUUUGAUGACCUCAUAGGGGGCGCCAUAUCAAAAUACUUGGAAGCAAAUGCAGCCAUGGGACUUCCUGGCCUGGCACCUUACCCAGAUGCCUUUGCUGCAGCUCUCGUCUUGCUACUCUCAGGUAUUUUGGCCUUUGGAGUGAAGGAGUCAACGACAAUCAACAAGAUCUUCACAGCAAUCAACAUCCUGGUUCUGCUGUUUGUGAUCAUCGCUGGAUUCAUCAAGGGAGACAUCGCCAACUGGAAUAUCAGUGAACAGACUCUGAUAAAUGCCACUGCAGAUCACAGCAACCUGAACUACACUGAUGUUGUAACAAGUAUGUUUGGAGUCGGUGGAUUUUUCCCUUAUGGCAUUUCUGGAACCUUGGCUGGAGCUGCAACCUGUUUCUACGCCUUUGUUGGAUUUGACUGCAUCGCUACCACAGGUGAGGAGGUGAAGAACCCUCAGAAGUCCAUCCCCAUAGGCAUCGUGGCCUCACUGCUCAUCUGUUUCGUGGCCUACUUUGCUGUGUCCGCUGCGCUCACCCUGAUGAUGCCAUACUACCUGCUCAGUGAGAAGAGCCCCCUGCCUGUGGCCUUUGAGCACGUCGGCUGGGGUCCCGCCAAAUAUGUCGUGGCAGUGGGAUCACUCUGUGCCCUGUCUACCAGUCUGCUAGGAUCCAUGUUCCCAAUGCCCAGGGUGCUCUUUGCCAUGGCGAGAGACGGCCUGCUUUUCCAUCCACUGACCAAAGUCACGGCCAAAGGCAGCCCCGCCAUAGCUACGAUAUCAUCUGGAGUUGUGGCAGCCAUCAUGGCUCUGCUCUUUGACUUGGAGGCCUUGGUGGACUUGAUGUCCAUCGGGACUCUGUUUGCCUACACACUCGUGGCUAUAUGCAUUUUAAUACUGAGGUACCAGCCAAGUCCAUCAGAAGAUACAGACCUGCAGGUCAAAGAAUCGAACACUAGCUUCCUGAGGCCUCCAUCACUUCCUAACUACUCCACUGGACGAACAGUCACUUACUUGACCAUAACCGCAGUUGCAUGUGUGAUUGGACUGUGCGUCACCUUGUCUCUGGGCAUUGAUGCUCUGGCCCGUGUGGAGGCAUGGAGUGUGGCGCUUGUUUGCAUCCUCGGCGUCAGCGUGCUGCUCAUCGUUUUCUUCAUCUGGAGGCACCCACAGAAUCCAACCAAGGCAUCUUUUAUGGUUCCACUUCUUCCUGGUCUGCCGAUAGUGAGCACAUUCAUCAAUUGCUACCUGAUGGUGCAGUUGGGUGCAGACACCUGGUUAAGAUAUGCGAUAUGGAUGUUAGUGGGGUUAGUCAUCUACUUCGGCUACGGGAUUCGUAACAGCGUUCAGAAGAAGCGUCUCUCGGGCAGGCAGGUGAACAUUGAAACUGUCAGCGGAGUAGAUAACAGUUCAUUCAACCCAAACGUCAUUAAUGAAGAGAAAUUCUGAGCCUGUGUGGAGCCGAGAGAGUCUGACUCAGAU